UCGACCAAUAUCAAAUUAGAUUGUGCCCACAAGCCACAGCCACAUUGGCCCAUAACUUUUUGUCUUGGGCCAUUUCGAAAGUCUAUACACACAAUUUCACACACUAUACUACGUAUAAUUUACUAUUUUUGAGCAAUUAAUAAAGUUUCAAAAAUAGCAAAAAAAGACACAAAAUUCCCAAACAUCAAAAAUAGCAAAAAAAGACACACGUCCACAACAAAAACGCUACAACAACAACGCGGCAACAUUUCCUACAACCCACGUUUCAUCACACUCCAUUUUUACAUUUGCUCCUAGCCACGUAAACUAACCUUUCCUUAACAAUUCAAGAAUUGUACUAUAAUUAUAUUUCACUAAAUUUACAUCAUAUAACAACUUUGAUAAUUUAUUUGAGCAACAAACAAUCAAACACUAGAAAAAAAAAACGGUUUAAUUUAGAUCAUUAUCAUGUCUUGGGGAGGACCAGAAGUUGAUAGAGGUGAUGUAAAGAUAGAUCCAACCGACAAGAGUGGUGAUCAAUCUUGGAGGAAAACGGCUGACACCCAUAAGAUGACGUCCGAGCAAGUCAAGGCCGCGGGUGUCGAGGGGUCGCAACGAUCCCCGGGACACGGCCGAGGUGCCGGGGAGGUGUUACACCAACGACGUCGUUUGCCGUUCAGUUAUGCCACUAUGGGUAUAGCUGGUUUUGCUAUAACGGCUAUUAUAGGGUAUGGUGUGUUGUACUCUAAGAAAAAGGCUGAGGUUGAUGCCUUGGAUGUUGCUAAGGUUGCUACUAACACGGCUCGGCCCGAAAACACCGAGAAUCGAUCUAAGAGAUAGAGUUAUUGAGCUAGUCUUUUUUGGUUAUGUGUGGAUGGUGUUCUUUUUCAUGUUAGCAUGCAUGUAUUGAUAAUCUUGGUAAAAUAAGGUAUGAGUGUUAGUUACUUGGAUUUAUCAAGUCUAAAACACAUUAAUAUAUAUCUACUUCUCUUUGUUUGAUUUGGUUAAAUGUUGAAAAUUUGUAAUGCCAAGGAAAUCUAAUUUCAUAUUAGUGUUA